UAAAGAAUAUGGCUAGACGACAGAGUCGACGUACAACAGUGCAUGACAAUGAAUUUGAAAGUGAUGAUAAUGAUUGUUUGGAGGACAUAGAACGACAAUUUCGAAGAAUGUGUGCAUCUGAAAUCGAAAGUGAUGAAGAUUCAGAGGACAUGGUUACAUUCAGACAAAGAAGACGUAUAAACAGAAUUAGUGAUACAUCUGAAAGUGAUAAUGAAACGGACCAGAACAGCGAUUGGCAGAAUGUCACUGAAAACGACACUUAUUCGAGUUCCAUUGAAUUUUCUACGGGAGACAAGGUGCAAGGGCCGCAAGUUCCGAGUAAUUGUAUCACACCUCUGCAGUUUUUUUCAUUAUUUUUUACGAAUGAGCUUGUUAGUAAAAUAGCGACAGAAACAAAUUUAUAUGCUCGAAAAAUAAUUAACAGCCGUGAAGUCUCUGUGCACUCGUUAUGGUACAAUUGGUAUGAUGUUACUGUUAAUGAAUUAAGAGCAUUCCUUGAAACCACACGGCAAACGGACGAUAAGGAAAGAACUUCUGUGGACAAAGUUGCCUAUUUUCUUAGCUAUUUGGACGAAAAAUUCAGACAUCAUUUUGUACCAGCACAGAAUAUCUCUGUAGAUGAAUCCAUUGUUGGAUUCAAAGGGAGAAUUUCAUUCAAAAUGUACAAUGCCAAAAAACCAAACAAAUGGGGACUUCGUUUAUACGCAUUAGUUGACUCAUCGUCCGGAUAUUUAUACACAUUUUUACCAUAUUUUGGGAAACAGACGACAGACGCACUAAUUCACCCCGAUUUACCAGUCACAAGCCGGAUUGUUUUACACCUGUAUAAUAAUCUACAGCAGUCAAUACCCGAAGCUACAGGAUACCAUAUUUUUACCGAUAGACUGUAUACCAGCAUCAUACUUGGC